UACCUCCAGGAGACCAACCUCGACGCCUUCCAUAAGGACCUGACUCUCAUCCUCGAGGCGAUCCCGGUGCCCAGGAGUGUCAGCAAGAGGGCCAAGUCUUUGCUCCACCUCGAGGGAGGAGAAGGGCGGGCGAGGGACAGCAUGGAGGACGACAUGAACGCUCACAUACGCCCGCACGAGGAAUCCAGGGCGAAGAGUAUGGAAUUUCUUCUCUCGGAAGACAACAAAAUGGCAAUUCAGCCUCCUGAGAACGAGCUAAUGAAGGGAAGCGAACGCGUCGUGUCGGAGGCGGAGCUUCGAGUCCGCCGCUCCCUGCAGCGCCUCCACGUUCCUGAUUGGAUGAAGAACGCCCCGCCCUCCGAGGGGUUCCUCCUCAAGAGACAGGGUGGAGCGGGUGGAGGAGGAGGUGGAGGUGGAGCGGGAGGUGGAGGAGGAGGCUGGGCGUCGUACUCCACCAAGGCGGGGUCGAUGACGUCACUCGGCUCGGCGCGGAAGGUGGUGAUCCCGACGCGCGUGACGUCGUCGAGGGGGCUGGUGACGUCGGCGGGGGGGAUGACGUCAUCGAUGGGGGGAGGAGCCGCGAUGGCGUCGCCGUACGGGAUGGCCUCGUCGAUGACGUCACCGAGCUCCGCCUCCGUCAGCCCCUCCCCGAGCGACAAAAUCUCCCUGUUCACGUAUCCUUCGGGGCGGUGGAGCUCCUCCCGCCUCAGCUCGGGCACGGUCACGCCCACCGGCUCCAUCAGGACCCUGGGCACGCCCACGAGUCUCUCCAGGACGCCUUAUUUGGGCUGGCGCUCCCAGACGUCCCUGGCCCGCUCCCAGACGUCCCUGUCGGGGUCCCAGACGUCCGUCCUGGGUUCCUACAUGACCCCAGCCGAGCGACUGGCCAUGGGGGUCACGUCCUUCUCCUUCCUGAGGAAGAAGGAAGAAGGAGAGGGUGAAGGAAGAGGAGAAGAAGGGGAGAAGGAGAAGAGGGAGAAGGAAGAAGAGAGGACGAGAGAGGAAGGAGAGAGAGACGGACGGUUGGACGGGGAAGCGAGGAGCGAAGGCGGGGAGAGAGAGGGAGAGGCCGAUAAACGGGAAGGAGGGAGAGAGGGAGAAGAGGACGUGCAUUCCUCGAUCAGGGAGGUCACUUCUGCAAUCGUGCACUAUUGCAAGGACUCCAGCCCUUCCCCCAGGGCCACGCGAGGUCACAGGUCACGGCCGGUGCAUCCCCCGCCCCCCGUGCCAUCCAGGGGAGGUCAAGACAGGUCGAGGUCCCCCGUGGAAGGUCAAGAGAGGUCAAAGUCGCCUUUCGAGAGCCAAACCAGGUCGAGGACCCCCGUGGAAGGUCAAGAGAGGUCAAACUCGGCUCUAGACGACCAAGAGAGACUGUUCAACCUCGAAAGAAGGUCACUCACGCCCUUGGAAGGCCAGAUGAGGUCAAACUCCCCCCUUGGAGGUCAAAUGAGGUCUAACUCACCCCUGGGAGGUCAAAUGAGGUCGAACUCACCACUGGGAGGUCAAGUGAGGUCAAAUUCACCGAUGGGUCAGAUGAGGUCAAACUCCCCGCGGCGACUGGUGUGGGUGGAGAGCUCCUUUGUCGGUUCGAGGCCGAUUCACUCCCCGGAGACGCCCACCGCCUCCACCCACGCCCUCGCGACGCCCACGCCGACUUCGGAGGUCAUGGGGUCAACGGUCAACGGCGAGGGGUCAGGCCAGGUCAGGAUGGAGGAGGAGGCGACGUUGAGGCCAAAGAGUUCGACGCCAGGUGAGUAUCUCAUGGCUUGGUGAGGAGUGACCCAAGAUGACCUGAAGUGACCUCGGAAAAAAAAUGUUAGGUCAUUGCGUGUUGUGUGGGUGUCACGGCAUAUCAAAAGGAGGUGACCUGAGAUGACCUUGUGAAGUGAUCUCGUUGGAAAACAAAAUGUUAGGUCAUUGUGAGGUGACCUGAGGACUUAUGGUGCUCUAACUGAAAAAAAAGUGAAACCAGGUCAUUGGAUGACCCGGCUUGUAAAAGAGGCGACCUGAGACCUGUCGAAAUUGACCUUGGAUGACCUUGUGAGGUAGCUUACCUGAAAAUGUGUCAGGUCACGGACAAAUGUUAGGUCAAAUAUUGAAACAGGUCAACCC